GUCCCCGAGUUUCCCCCACUCCCGCCAGCCGCCGCUCCUCCAGGUCUCCGCCGACGGGGAGGGCGCCGCCACUCGUCCAGGACUCGGACGCCACCGCGUCGCCUCGCGACUCCCGUGACCAGGAAGACUCGCCUCGUUCUCGGCCGACCAGGAAGGUUCCAGAAGCUAUCGGAAGGGUUCCCCACGCGCGCCCUUCUUCCACCGCAAGGGUUUAGUUCCGGCUGGCGCCAUGGACCUGGACCCCGAGGGCAUCUUCCGCGACGACAGCGACGAGGACGACGACAACCUCCAUGAGAGGGAGGCCAACAAGGAGAUGGUCGUCUACCUCAUAGACGCCUCGCCCAAGAUGUUCACGCCCGCCAACGCCGCCAAGGCAGAUGAAAAGCAGGAGACACAUUUCCAUACCAUAGUGAACUGCAUCACGCAGUCUCUGAAGACGCAGAUUAUCGGGAGAUCCCGUGAUGAAGUUGCAAUAUGUUUCUUUAACACCAAAGAAAAGAAAAAUUUACAGGAGCUGGCUGGUGUAUAUGUUUACAAUGUCACAGAAAGAGAGCAACUUGAUAGGCCUGAUGCAAGACUGAUUAAAGAAUUUUCUUGUGUAGAAGAUUCUUUUAUGAAUAACAUUGGAAGCCGGUAUGGAAUAACCUCUGGAUCUCGAGAGAAUACCCUGUACAAUGCUCUUUGGGUUGCACAGGCACUGCUGCGCAAAGGAUCUGUGAAGACUGUGAGUAAGAGAAUCCUCAUAUUCACCAAUGAGGAUGAUCCUUUUGGUGGUAUUACAGGAGCAGCAAAGGCUGAUAUGAUUAGGACCACAAUUCAACGUGCAAAAGAUGCAAAAGAUCUGGGCCUGUCUAUCGAACUUCUUCCAUUGAGUAGGCCCGAUGAGGACUUCAACAUGUCCCUGUUUUACGCAGAGUUGAUUGGUCUGGAGGGAGAUGAAGUACUGCAGUACGUGCCAUCUGCUGGUGAAAAGCUGGAGGAUAUGACUGAUCAACUGAGAAAGCGAAUGAUGAAGAAGCGCAAAGUCAAAACUCUCUCAUUUGCAAUUACAAAUGAUGUUUGCAUAGAGGUGAACACAUAUGCGCUAAUCCGUCCAACUGCUCCAGGGACGAUUACGUGGCUUGACUCGAUCAGUAACCUUCCAUUAAAGACUGAAAGGUCUUUCAUAUGCAAUGACACCGGGGCCCUUCUUCAGGCUCCCCAAGAGCGCUUUCAGCUAUACAAUGAUAAAGCUGUUAAAUUUUCUGUUCGUGAAUUGUCUGAUGUGAAGAGGGUUUCAAGUCAUCAUCUUCGCCUUUUAGGGUUCAAGCCAUUGGAUUGCUUGAAAGAUUAUCAUAAUUUAAGUCCAUCAACAUUUAUUUACCCCAGUGAUGAGCAAAUAUUCGGAAGCACUCGUGUUUUCGUUGCUUUACAUAGCUCGAUGCUGCGCCUUGGACGGUUUGCACUUGCGUUUUACGGGACCCCUACUCGCCCACGGCUUGUAGCCCUUGUUGCACAAGAAGAGGUUAUUUCUUCGAGUGGUCAAGAUGAGCCACCUGGAAUGCACAUGAUCUAUCUUCCAUACUCGGAUGAUGUUAGAUAUCCUGAAGAGGUUCAUCUGACUUCUGGGGAUGCACCUCGUGCUACAGAUGAGCAAAUAAAGAAAGCUUCGAAUCUGUUGAGACGUAUUGACCUGAAGCAUUUCUCAGUAUGCCGAUUUGCUAACCCAGGAUUGCAAAAACACUACGGGAUUUUGGAAGCCUUAGCUUUAGGUGAGGAUGAGAUGCCGGAUAUAAAGGAUGAGACCCUGCCCGAUGAAGAGGGCAUGGCUAGGCCAGGAGUAGUUAAAGCUAUAGAAGAAUUUAAGGCUGCAGUGUUUGGUGAAAAUUAUGACCAAGAGGAAGCCGAGGCAGCGGCAGCAAAAGGUGGUGCCUCAAAGAAGAGGAAAGCAAUUGCUGAUGCAGCUUCACAGAAAAGCGCAGCUUAUGAUUGGGCAGACCUUGCAGACAAUGGAAAGCUGAAGGACAUGACGGUGAUGGACUUGAAAACUUACCUGACGGCGCAUGGUCUCCCGGUUUCUGGCAAGAAAGACGCCAUCAUCAGCAGGAUCUUGACUCAUCUAGGCAAGUGAGAAACAAGAAUCGUUGACUGGGAAUAUGCAUCCUUUUUAGCCAUGGAUGAUAGAUACCUUCUCUGUUUGGGCCGUGGCGAUUUUGUAUAGUAGUAUCGGGUGCCAGUGUGACUUCCAUGUUAGUUUGUUUGAAACCAUGUAUGUGCUCCCGUGGCACGCAACUUGGGAUGGAGCUGUCUUAGAUGACUAGUGGCUUGUGAAGCACCAUUUUUACGUUGA